AUUUCACUUCUUUCAUCUCUCUCACUCAAGACUCUUUUCUGUCUGAACUAUACGUGAUGGGUUUUCCGGCGAACGGGUCAUCGGAAAAGACGGCGUUGAAGUUCCUGAUCUACGGGCGGACGGGGUGGAUUGGCGGCCUGCUGGGGAAGCUGUGCGAGGGUCAAGGGAUCGAGUACGUGUAUGGGUCCGGGCGGCUGGAGAACCGGAGUUCGUUGGAGGCCGACAUCGCCGCCGUUAAUCCGACGCACGUGUUCAACGCCGCCGGAGUGACCGGCCGUCCCAACGUCGACUGUUGCGAGUCGCACAAGGUGGAAACCAUCCGCACAAAUGUCGCCGGCACCCUCACUCUCGCCGACGUCUGCCGGGACAAGGGCCUCGUCCUCAUCAACUACGCCACCGGCUGUAUCUUCGAGUACGACUCCGGCCACCCCCUCGGCUCCGGCGUCGGCUUCAAGGAAGAAGACACCCCCAACUUCAUCGGAUCUUUCUACUCCAAAACCAAAGCAAUGGUGGAGGAUUUGCUGAAGAACUACGAGAAUGUCUGCACAUUACGAGUGAGAAUGCCGAUCUCAUCGGAUUUAUCCAACCCCAGAAACUUCAUCACCAAGAUCACACGCUACGAGAAAGUGGUGAACAUUCCGAAUUCCAUGACAAUCUUGGACGAGCUUCUCCCGAUCUCCAUUGAAAUGGCGAAGAGAAACCUCACCGGAAUCUGGAACUUCACCAACCCUGGAGUCGUUAGCCAUAACGAGAUUCUUGAGAUGUACAGAGACUACAUCGACCCAAAGUUCACCUGGAAGAACUUCACUCUAGAAGAACAGGCUAAGGUGAUUGUUGCUCCCAGAAGCAACAAUGAACUUGACGCGACAAAACUCAAGACAGAAUUCCCACAGCUCUUGUCGAUUAAGGAUUCGCUUAUACGCUAUGUUUUCCAGCCAAAUAGGAAGACUCCUGUCGCAGCUUGAAACUCAAGAUCGAGUUUGCUUGCUGGGUUGGGUGGAUAUAUGUUUGAAUUCAUCCUCCUUCACUUGUUGUAUCUCUAUUGAAUGUUGUUGUAUCUCUAUUGUUUCAUCAUCAAUAAAAUUGGGAAUGGAAUGUCUGUGUCUUGGCACGGAAUGCGCACA